AGCUAUUGUUGCACGAAAUAGUAUUUCAUGCAACAUAUUCACCUGGUAGUGAAAUCUUUGCGAUGGAUUUUUAAGAAAAACGAUCUAGGUGUUACACCUGCUUGGCUGUGGAUCAACUAUCGCACAGUAAAUAUCUAUCUAGAGAUGCUUAUCAGGGCUCUUAUCAUCUGAUUAUGUAAGAGAUCAUCUUGACAUUAUUCUCCACAAUGAUUGGAUUGGUACAAUUUCUUUUAGACAUAAAAACUACACCUGUAUACUUAUGGAAGGACUUAUGGAACAAGACAGACGGAGGAAACAUAAUUAUGAAAAGAUUUAAAUUCUAAUGUUUUAUAUUUCGGGUUAUGUUACUUGUUUGUUUUUGCAUCAUGGAGCAGACUCAAGCCCUUUAUCUAUAAACAAGCAAGAUUUUAUUUCUAUACAUGACCUUAACAUUGAAGGCAAUGAGUUUAAAAAUAAAUCUUAUCAACAGCUAUAAAACGCAUAAGCCUUGCUUAGCGUUAUCCAGUGUCCAAUCUGUCAGCAAUGAAAUCACUACUUCCGUUAGUGUUUGUUUCGAUCGCCUUAGCCCAGGAAGGUUCCGCCAAACAGGAACUUCCCGGAACUUUAAUAUCUGCCCUCGACGGAGACCUCUCAUCGGUCGCAUCCCGCGUAACCUGCGAUGGGGUGAACUUCUAUACAACCUGCAGUGAUUGUAGCACCAUUCUGGGCUGCAUUGGGCCCAUUUCGGACUCCAGAGAUUGUGAAACUAUCGCCCCGGGAAAACCGUAUUGCGUGAAUGGUGCCUGCUCCGCCACUCGUUCGAACAGCGGCGACUGUUCCACGUCUUCAUUCAUCUGCACUGGAGUGGGGUACUUUCCAGAUCCUUUCAAUUGUGCUAUCUACCACUACUGUGAAAAGGCGCUCGAACCAUCGUCCAUCUACCAGUGUCCGCCGAAGUACGUGUACAACCCGGCAACGCAUAUGUGUCGACAGGCUACGAAGAAUACGGAUUGUGUAAUGGUGGAUUGCGAUGUAGAUGAACUGUUUGCACCGUAUGGGAACAGCAAGACGUACUAUGCGUACUGCCAGUACGAUGGGACCGAUGUUGCCAAUAUUUACAUGUUCAAAUGUGUUGAUUACGCCAAGUUCCAGGGAACAGCCUGUGUGUUUGUUUGCCCGAGAGAAGGAAACUUCGCUCAUCCGGACCCGAGGAAGUACUAUCAGUGCUAUUAUUCAAGAUCCAAAUUGAUCUUCAGCGAGAAGCGAUGUUCUAGUGGAAGAUUUUUUGAUAACACACUUAAAAUAUGUGUAGUGCCGUCAGCGACAGUGGAUUAAGUUUAUGAGGGAUGAGUAACGGAAGUGCAAGCAACGAGACGAAUUAGCAGUGUCUACUUAUAAAAAUGUUCAUAGAGUAAACAAAAUAAAAGGCCAAAUUUUC